GCGGGGCGGGCCGGGCGAGGAGCGGCGCCGCCAUUUUGCUAGUCGGGAGCGGCGGCGGCGGAGCGGCGGGGACAGGUACCAGCACCAUGGAGUACGAACGCAGGGGGGGUCGUGGGGACCGGACGGGGCGCUACGGUGGGGCCCCUGCCCCCCCAGAAGAAGGCUCCCGCACCCAGCGGGAUCACGAUUAUCGCGACAUGGACUAUCGUGGCUAUGGGGGCCCCCCCGAGGGGCCCCCCGCCCCUGGGACCCCCCCUCAGGUGGGUGCCGGAUGCCGGGGUCCCUUCCUGGAUACCUGGAUCACCUCCAGGACACCUGGGCCUCCUACGAGGGCUCGGAGCCCCCCCGGAAGCGGGACCCCCGCCCCAGCCCCCCCAACAUUGCCCUUCGGUGCCGAUGGUGACUACCGGGACCAGGAUUACCGUCCGGAAGCGGCCGAGGAGGAGCCGCGGGCCAGCACCAUCGUCAUGCUCCGUAUGCUGCCCCAGGCCGCCACCGAAAAUGACAUCCGGGCGCAGCUGCAGGCACAGGGGGUGCAGCCCCGUGAGGUGCGACUGAUGCGGAACAAGUCUUCAGGUCAGAGCCGCGGCUUCGCCUUCGUGGAGUUUAACCACGUCCAGGAUGCGGCGCGGUGGAUGGACGCCAACCAGCAGGGGCUGAGCUUGUUGGGACAACGCGUCUCCCUCCACUACAGUGACCCCAAGCCCAAAAUUAAUGAGGACUGGCUCUGCGCCAAGUGCGGGGUGCAGAACUUCAAACGACGGGAGAAGUGCUUCAAGUGCGGUGUCCCCAAAGCAGAGGCGGAGCAGCGGGGCCCUGGGGGGCCACGGCCGGAGCUGGUACCGGGUGGGGGGGGGCUGCUGCCCCUCCCCCAACCCUAUGGCCCCACCCUGGGGGGGGCACCCAGUGGGACCCAAGGUGGGACCGAGCCCGGAGCUGAUAACGCCAAUGACACCAUCAUCUUGCGGAACCUGCACCCCCAGAGCAGCCUGGACUCCAUCUUGGCCGCCCUCGCCCCCUUCGCCGCCCUCUCGGCUGCCAACGUCCGUGUCAUCAAAGACCGCCAGACCCAACUCAACCGCGGCUUCGCCUUCGUCCAACUCGCCACCAUCGUGGAGGCUUCCCAGCUGCUGCAGAUGUUGCAGGCCCUGCACCCCCCCCUCCACAUCGACGGCAAGAGCAUCAAUGUGGAGUUCGCCAAAGGGUCCAAGCGGGAGGUGCAGGGGGCGGGGCCAGGGGAGGGCCCGCCCCGCGCCAGCGCCGCCUCCGUUGCUUCGACUGCCAUCGCCGCCGCCCAAUGGGCGCUCUCCCAGGCCGCCCCGGGUGGAGAGACCACGUGGGCUGGGGGGGAGGAGCCUCCCAGUGACUUCAGCUUCUACCAAUCGGAGGAGACCUUUGCUGGCCCCACCCCUGCCCUCUAUGGCUCCACCUACCUCAAAGGUGCUGCGGCCCCACCCCCUGGCCCCACCCUGUCUGGCCCCGCCCCUGCCAAGGCUGAUGGCCCCGCCCCAGAAGGGACCCAGGCGCCCGAGGACUCCUAUAGGAGAGACGCACAGAGGAACCAGCAGUGCCGGGGUUGGACCCUACGGCGGGAGGGGGCGGCACGUUCCCCCGCGCCCCCCCCUGGCGCCCCCCCUUACCCCUCCCCCACUGGCGAGACCCCCACCGCAACCCCCUCGGGAGCCCCUACCCAGACCUAUACAGGGCCCCUCAAGGCCGAGACCCCCAACCCAGCGCCCCCCGGGCCCCCCCCGGCUGCCCCCCCCAGUUCCGAGUCUUAUGGCCAGUACCCGGUGCCGGAUGUUUCUACCUACCAGUACGACGAGACCUCGGGUUACUACUAUGACCCCCUCACCGGGCUCUACUACGACCCUCACUCCCAGUACUACUACGACGCAGGGGCAGGCCAGUACCUAUACUGGGACGGGGAGCGUCGCACCUACCUUGCGGCCCCCCCUGCCGAGCCCCCUCCCGGCCCCCCCGGCACCCCUGGACCCCCCAAGGAACCCAAGGACAAGAAGGAGAAGCACAAGACGAAGACGGCUCAACAGAUCGCCAAGGACAUGGAGCGGUGGGCACGCAGCCUCAACAAGCAGCGGGAGAGCGGGCGCAGUGCCGGGCCCCCCCCACCCCCGCGGGAGGAUGAGCGGCGCGAGGCGGCCGCCGCCGAUGCCGGCUACGCCAUCCUGGAGAAGAAGGGUGCUCUGACCGAGCGGCAGCACCCACCCAUGGAGCUUCCCAAACUGACGAGCGACGAGCGGCUGAGCCCCCCCCGGGGGUUAGUGGCCGCUUACAGCGGGGAGAGUGAGAGCGAGGAAGAGGGCGAGCGCGGUCCUGACCGUCCCGGUGAGCCCCUCACCGACUGGCACAAACUGGCCUGCCUCCUCUGCCGCCGCCAGUUUCCUAGUAAGGAAGCCCUGCUCCGCCACCAGCAGCUCUCUGGCCUCCAUAAGCAAAACCUGGAGCUGCAGCGCCGGAGCCACCCGCCCCCCCCCGAGGGGCUGGACCGGGGAGAUAUGGAGAUGAAGUACCGGGACCGGGCGGCUGAACGCCGGGAGAAGCAGGGGGGCCCCGACCCUCCCGAGCCCAAACGGCGCAAAUUUGGGGGACCCCCCCCCCACCCCAGGGGAGGCGGAGGGUCCGCUCCCCCGCAGACCACCCUUGGGUGCCGGAUGCUGCAGGCGAUGGGCUGGAAGGAGGGGAGCGGGCUGGGCCGGCGGCGGACGGAGGUGACACGGGGAUCUGCCACACCCGUGUGGUGCUUCGCCCAAUUGGAGGAGGAAGGGGGAGGUGGGGCCUGUGCUGACCUACUGGGUGAUGAACCCGUCCCAUUGGCCGACUGCUGCCUCAACCCCACCUAUGGCUACAAGCGCCACCCCCAUGGCCACUGCCACACCUGCCGGUCAGCCCCGCCCACUGCAAGCCCUGCCCACCCCAGGACCCACCCUCUGCCUAAGCCCUGCCCAUCACAACCCAGUCCCACCCAGAGCCCUGCCCACCUCCAAGCCCUGCCCAGCCAGCCACACCCCUUCGGUAAAAGCCCCACCCAGCCAGGUAGCUAUGCCCACCACAAAAAGCCACGCCCCUCCCAGAAGGCCACGCCUGUUCCCAUCCCCAAGCCCUGCCCAUGUCACUAA